UGAAUCGUGCGAGCAUUCAUGCUCUGAAAAUCUGGUAGCUCGCACAUCCACCAUAACCGUGUUCAAAGACCCCUGGCGCGGCCGCCCGUGUGCCGGUCCUGGCCUGUCGGCCGUCAGCGCGGCGCGGUGAGCCGCCGCGGACCGGACGGUGACGUCACCCAGCCGCAAUCGUCACGGUCCGCGACCUUCUCCAGCGAGCGGUGCGCCCGUCAGAGGCGGGACCGCCGCGCCGGACGCCGCGCACCUGACCAGGUGACCUCGCGUGCUGCCGCCACUACAGAGCCACAGUGUGACAGAGCAGUGAGCCCAGCGGCGGCGACUGUGCGCUGUGUUGGGAGCGGUCGCCUGUCUCACAGUGAAGCGCGUUCUAUUGCGUGGCAGUGCUCUGCUGACGUGGCCGUCUGUCUGACGCCGCUGGGGCCGCCGAGCCGUCGCCUGUGAUCGGCUCUGCACAGUGCACGCGGCUGGGGUGGGAGGGGCGGAGUGCACAGUGCGGCCGCGUGGCAGACGGGCCGCCGCUGUGUGGUGAGGCCUGCCGGUGUGUGGUGAGCGGACUGCCGCUGUGUGGUGAGCGGACUGCCGCUGUGUGGCGAGCGGACUGCCGGUGUGUGUCAGCCGUAUAGUGAGCGGUGAGCGGAGUGAGAGGAGUGAGCACUGUGUACUGCGCUGUGUGCUGGCUCGGUACUGUGUGGUGUACCGGUACGAGUACCGCUAGUCCCCGGUCGGCCGACAGAGACCGUGAAGUGAGCCCAGCUGUUACGGUUGGGGUAGGACAGGACGGUACAGCUGAACCCAACGUCCGCCAACGCAACGUAAACAGAGCCGACGGAGCAACGCAAAAACAGAUAGCAAGAGCUGAACGAUCAUAAACGACCGACUAAUACAGUGAGAGAUGGGUGCGUUGUGAACUGAGAAGUGAAGCGAAAUCGACGGAGCUGGACUGUGGUUUGUGAUUCCUGCAAAACAUCUACAUAUAUGUAUGAUCUACUUUUGUCUGGCGCGCCCUGAAACCAUUCUGUGAGAAGUCUCGGCAUGACAGGCACCCUCUCACAAGUUGAUAUUUUAUAAACUCUACCAGAUAAGUGGCUGUAAUUACCACACAUGUGCGGGCUCCCAGCAGCAAAUUACGAAGUCCCCCUCGUCCAUCGUUCCGACUCGCUCCCACAAGUGGAGCAGCUGGCGCCUUCAGUAUCAAAGGUGACAUAACAGGGCCGUCCGACAACCGUGCGACAUAAUCGAUACUGUUGACGUGCGGCGCGCCGCAGGAACCGCCCGAUAGUUUCCUUUGAGUCGACGGCAAGCCACGGCCGCCCACGCCAAGUGCCAACCCCCUCCCGAGCUCCUGACCGCCUCGGCAGCGACAAUGGAUGUGGACGAGGCCUUGAAGCUGGUCGAUCCCAAGAGGCGGCUCCAAUGGAUCUAUGCGGUGGCCAUCAGUGCCCAGGCGCUGCCCGGUGCCCUGAUCGUUCUGGUUAUGGAGUUUGUCGGUCACACGCCAAAGUUCGAAUGUCACCAGGAGGGCGCGAACGGUACCCAGGUACUGGUGGACGCGUGCUUCAACGGCACCACGGAGCACUGUGACCGGAUCGUGUUCAGACACCCGUACACUAGUGUUGUCACUGAGUGGUCGCUGGUGUGUGAGCGCGCUUCGGAGGCACACGCGCUCCAGUCGCUCUUCAUGGCCGGCAUGACGAUGGCCUCGCUGCCGAUCGGCCCGCUGGCCGACAGGUUCGGCCGCCGCCGGCUGGUGCUGCUGACAUUCGGCCUGCAGGCGCUGCUGAUGGGCGCGCUGGCGCUGUCACCCAACUACGGAACGUUCGCGGCGCUGCGGUUUUUGACGGGCUUCCUGCAGGCGGGCGGUUUCCCCAACUUCACUCUCACCACGGAGCUGGUGGGUCCGCAGCUGCGCAGCAAGGUGGGCCUCUUCGGCUCCGUCUUCUUCUCGGCGGGCAUCCUGUGCCUGUCGCUGGCCGCCUACCUCAUCACCAGCUGGCGGUGGCUGCUCGUCUUCUCUGCCGUGGUGGCCGCGCUGUCCGUCCUAGUGAUCGGAGUUGUGGCGCCGCAGAGUGCGCGCUGGCUCCUGCAGAAGGGCAGGACGCGUGACGCCGAACAGGUCCUGUUGGGCAUGGCGCGCUCCAACGGCCUGACGCCGCCCUCCGACUUCAGUCUGGUGGCCUCCAAACAGGAGGGUGGCAGCACCUCGGACCACUGCUGCUCCCUCUUCGCCCGGGGCCGCGCCGCCCUGUGGACCGUGGUGCUCUGCUUCAACUGGGCGGUGCACACGCUGUCCUACUACGGUCUGACGGCGGCCGCCGCCGGCAUGGGCAGCGGACGGUUCUCUUCGUUCGCCUUCUCCGGUCUGGUUGAGCUGCCGCCGGUGCUGGUCGUCACCUGGGUGCUCGAACGGCUCGGCCGGCGGUACACGCUGAGUGGCACGAUGGCCAUCGGAGGGGUCGCCUGUCUGCUGAUCUACGUACUGCCGGCGGUCUACAUAGACGACCACGGCGGGCGGCUCACCCUCAGCCUCAUAGGGAAGCUGUGCAUAUCGACCACGUUUACGGUGACGUACAUAUUCAGCGGUGAAAUAUUCCCCACGUCUCUGCGUAACACCGGCCUGGGAAUAGUCAACAUUUGCGCCCGGCUGGCCGGCGUCAUGUAUCCCUUCGUGGCGUUACUGAACACUGUCAGCAAGGACUCGCAUUUCCUGCUCUUUGGAGUGCUGAUUACGUCUUCGGCGCUGUUCGAUCUGCUGUUACCGGAGACGCUUGGUAAAACUCUGCCCAAAGACGUCGAUGAAAUGCUAGGUAACGACAUCGAAAUGUACGCACCACUAAAACUUGAAGAAUCAGAUAGCGACGUUGAGCUUGAUACCGCUGAUGAAAAAGAUGUAGAAAUAAGAUAGUUUUGCUUCGACAGGGCCUUGGAAACGCAUGACAAUAAAAAGUGUGAUAAGUUGUGAUAUUUUUCGAACAAUGAAUGUUUCGCUUCCAUAAUUCUGCCAGUGAAAAAUGAACGUAAGUUAAAUGGAUAUUUUUAUGUCGGGAUGGAUUUUAAUACGAUUUUGCCGAUGUUUUGCAGUGUUUGUGCUUUUCUUAUUGUGUCCGAGUGUGAUGAAUGCUGAUGUUACUUUGACGUGCGUACCUGAAAUUUGAAUGAAUACACUGCUGAACGUUG